UCCAGGAAAUGCCCAGGUGUGUGUGUCACCUGCCGCUGGCGACUUGUUGAUUCCCAGGAGCUGCCUUCAGGUCUGAGCCCCCGAGACCAGAGAACGCUCUCUCUCAUCUGUUCCCCAGGCGCGGCCCGCUUGCCCCUCGACUCCACAGCCAUGAGCAAGUUGGGCAAGUUCUUUAAAGGGGGAGGCUCUUCUAAGAGCCGAGCUGCUCCCAGCCCCCAGGAGGCCCUGGCCCGACUACGGGAGACUGAGGAAAUGCUGGGCAAGAAACAAGACUACCUGGAAAGUCGAAUACAGAAAGAACUCGCCCUGGCCAAGAAGCAUGGCACGCAGAAUAAGCGAGCGGCAUUGCAGGCACUGAAGAGAAAGAAGAGGUUUGAGAAGCAGCUCACACAGAUUGAUGGCACACUGUCCACCAUCGAGUUCCAGAGAGAAGCCCUGGAAAACUCACACACCAACACCGAGGUGUUAAAGAACAUGGGCUUUGCGGCAAAGGCAAUGAAAACAGUUCACGAAAACAUGGAUCUGAAUAAAAUAGAUGAUUUGAUGCAAGAGAUCACAGAGCAACAGGAUAUUGCCCAAGAAAUCUCAGAAGCAUUUUCUCAACGGGUUGGAUUUGGUGACGACUUUGAUGAGGAUGAGUUGAUGGCAGAACUUGAAGAAUUGGAGCAGGAAGAAUUAAAUAAGAAGAUGACAAAUACUCGACUUCCAAAUGUGCCUUCCACCUCCCUCCCAGCACAGCCAGCUAGAAUACCAAGUAGAAUUCCGAGCACAGCCUCCACUGCCCAUCGAGCCCAAGCAGCAUCUUCCAGGAGGACAGAAGAAGAGGAUGAUGAUAUCAAACAGUUAGCAACUUGGGCUACUUAAACUAAAAUGGAAUUUUUUGACACCUAAAUUGAUGAUUUGUACAUAAGACAGAAAAAAAAUGUUUCCAGUUUCAGGAGUUAACAAAGGUCCUGUUUUAUAUUUACAUUGGAUGAGUAAUUGUCUUUUAAGCUUCAUAUGUGAAAGUUAAAAAUGGAGUCAUAUGUAGACAUAGAAUCAGGGAUGGAAAGGGACUUCCUGGUGGCAUCUUGGAGGGUCCCUCCAUCCUCUUGGGAGGGGACAUUCUACCUUGUUCACUACUGUAUUUCCAGUCUUGGCACGUAGUGGUGCUUUCUGUAUAUUUGUGGAAAGCAAACUGGAUUCUAUUAACAUAUAAAACAUAGAAUAUUUUACAGGCCACUUAAGAGUCAUGCAUUUAGGACAGCUGGGGAAAAUCACUUUCUUUUCUUUGUGGAUGCAAGUUUGCUGCAUGUAUCUGUGUUGGGAGGUAUGUAACCCAUAAUGCAAAUACAGGGUCUCUUGUAUGGGAGACUUCAUGUUGAAGAGUCUUGUUUGAGUCUAUACAUAAAUAGGUUUACUUGAGUUUUGCAGUUUAAAAUCUUAAAGGAGCUUUAAUUGUCAUUUAUUAUGCCAAUUAAGCUUGGAAUGGGGCAGUACUUCCAUUUCCUAAAAUGUCUGAAAGCACUAACAGCUCACACUGCUGAGCAAGAAUCUCCUGGGUGUAAUUUAGCCACUUAGGGAACUACGUUAACACUCCCAGGCCAUUAUGAUGCUGUUAUGGUUUCAGCGUGCUAAAUGUGUGAAAGAACGUUCUUCUCUGUUUUGUUUUCUCUUGUACAUUUAUUUACCUUUUACAGCAUAUUCCUUGUAAAUAGAUAAAAAUAUAGGUGAUUAAAAGUAUGUCUUGAAUAA